UACAGUCACAUAUAAUCAAAGUCUAGUAGUCUCCUUCACUUUUAAAAUGCAUUUCGUAGCGUUUUUAUGCAACUCUUAGCUACAUCUGUUACAUUUACUGUAAGUUUAUUUACACUUGUGGUAACUAUACUGGCUCACAUAGUUUCAACGUGACCGUGUCAUUCAUUUCCAGUUGCAGUAAAGUUAUUUGCGCCUUGAGUCCACUCGAGGGCGACCAAUGUUAAUGUUUGAGAGAUUUAUCAGCCAUAUGUGCGGUGAACUGUCCCUGUUCACCACACAGUUAAAAAUACAUCUUAAUGCAACAUUCACACUUUGUUUACAGACACAAAUUAAAUGAGUGGUUAGUUGUCAGAUUAGCUACUGGCUAACAACAACAUGGGGCUCACAGUUAACUUGCCUGUUGAGCCAAAAGCUGCCGCCUAAGUUUUUGUCGCUCGCGAAUCUCUUGGAGUCGACUGUUCAUUUCCUCCCUUGUAAUGUUUCCUAAAUGACUAUUAAAUGCCUGUGGUUAUUGUUACAUCCAAACCGUAUAUAAAUGUGAUUAACCAGCUCGGUAGCCAACAAUCGGCUACCGUGGAAUAGCCGCUAAAAAAAAAAUAUCACAAUGGGUGUACUCGUUAUGUAUAUAGUGGCGCACCGUUCAGCCCUCCUGUUAAGGGCUUGAUGUGAGCGGAGUUAGUCGUUAAAAUAAAGUGUUAAAGACACCCGGUUGCGGCUGCUUUGUGGUCUUUGUCUUAUUCGUGUAUACUGAGGCGGUUUUAGUAUUCGCCAUGGUCUUACCAGCCGGUUGGAGCGGGUCAAGCGGCGAACGGCUUAUUGCGUGCCGACUCCGUCUAUCUGGUGUCGGUGUACGCCGUUUUGCAUGAAGAGUCGACACUUUUUGGGAUUGAAUGGACGCCGUUUGAUGACGUAAUCAGACAGGGCGCUUUCUUUCUCCAAUCAAAAGAGCCCCCCCCCCUCUCUCUCUCUCUCACACACACACACAUAUUCAGACUCAAAAUCAUCUCUCAUAAAGUGUUUUAGUCUGUCAUCACAUACAAGCUUCGGGAGAGGAGACAUGGAGAGAGCAUGUUUAAUCAUCCACCACCAUACCGAAUCACCAUGUGAUUUAUGAAUAAACACUAGGCUUGAAAAUAGUCUAUGUUAUUGUUGAAGACGAUGAGCAUCAGAAAUCUUACAGGCACAAACAAAACUGACUUUGAAGAAAACCUAACACCCAAAACCCAAUUAAUCAAAUACUAGCUAAUUAGCCACAUUUUAAAGUUUUGGGAGCCCUAAGUGACCAUGUUCUGAAAAAAUAAUACUACUACUACUUACAGUAAUUAACACAUUAUACUGAAUGGGUUCUACUUUGCUCCGAUUUAAUUUGCUUCAGAUAUCAUAAAAUACUUUGACUCUCUGCAAUUGAUUUAAAUGGUAUAAAAUCGCAAUAUGGGUGGGAAAUUGCGAGUAUGAAUUUUCGUUGGGGGGGCUGUCUACCCAUUAGCCCACGUAAAUAGGAGUUUCAUUGAUCCGCGUCGUUUUGCCUCCCUCGGUUCUCACUCCCGUCCCGCGGCUGGGCGAUGAGCCUGACUGAAGCGCGUCUCCUCGCCCGAUGAGACAAGCCACCGUCCUCAGCGUCCCGCAACCUGAGACCGACCAUGAAUUGGGCUUUUCUCGCUCUCGCAGCCGCACUUUUGGCUGCAAAUAGCGGAUUCUGUUAUUCCAGCAGCGUCCCUUCAUUCAUCCUGCCGUUCACUGAUUGCGUCCAGAGCCGCGGGAAGGAGGGUUUCUACCGGGGAGCGAUAGACGUCACCGAGUCCGGCACCCGCUGCAUGAACUGGACCGAGGUGGCCGGCUUCAAGGAGCGCUACCCGGGCAAGGGAAUAGGAGAGCACAACCACUGCCGCAACCCGGACGGCAGGAUCCGACCCUGGUGCUUCUUCAGGAACCACAGGGGACGAGCAGACUGGGGGUACUGCGACUGUAAACAAGGCUCCGUGCGUCUGCAAGGAGGCCGCUCCAAGCUAGAUGGCAGGGUGGAGGUCUAUCUGGCAGGCGUGUGGGGGUCUGUCUGUGGCGACGACUGGGGGGACGAGGACGCUGCAGUGGUUUGCAGACAGCUGGGCAAGGGGAUCUCAGGUCGUGCACGUGCAGUUCCCCUGUUCCGUCCUAGCACGGCCAAGCUCCAUUGGAGGGCGGUCCAUUGCCAGGGAGAUGAGCCAGACCUGCUCCAGUGUCCUAAGACUACCUGGAACGGAGGGGAGUGUUCCCUGGCUGCAGCCAUCACCUGCAUGCAGCAGCAAGCUGUAGUGGCGCUCCCUGUACGGCUGGUGGGAGGCCGAUCGGGGUCAGAGGGCACAGUCGAGGUCUUCCAUGCAGGCCAGUGGGGUUCCAUAUGCGACGACCAAUGGGACGACAGUGAUGCAGAGGUGGUGUGUCGACAACUGGGGCUGAGCGGUGUGGCCAGGGCAUGGGGCCAGGCACAUUUUGGCAAGGGUUCAAGCCGUGUGUGGCUGGAUGAGGUGCGCUGCACAGGCAAUGAGCUCACUCUGGAGCAGUGUCCAAAAAGUGCCUGGGGGGAACACAACUGUUUGCACUCUGAGGAUGCAGGAGUGUCCUGCAGCCCUCUUACAGAUGGCACUGUCAGGUUAGUAGGAGGUGCAGUCAGUCAUGAAGGACGUUUAGAAGUCUUCUACCGUGGUCAGUGGGGGACAGUGUGCGACGACGGCUGGACAGACUCCAACACACAAGUGGUGUGCAGACAACUUGGUUACAGAUCAGGUGCGACUCUCCUUUCUGAGGGACUAGACAUCAGCCCAGUCCCACGAUUCGGUGUGGGGUCGGGUCCCAUCCUUUUGGAUGAUGUGAGCUGCACAGGGAAAGAGCCCAGCCUAUUGCUGUGCAACAAGAGGGAGUGGCUCCGUCAUGACUGCACACACCAUGAAGAUGUUAGCCUUGCAUGCAGCCCUGAGCGCAACGGAGAGAGUCUUCCAACUAGUGUGCCAGUAAGGCUUGUGGGAGGAGAGAGCCCAAGGGAAGGCCGGGUGGAGCUCUAUCUGUCAGGACAAUGGGGGACCGUGUGUGAUGACGGAUGGACUGAUCGCGACGCUGAGGUGGUGUGCAGACAGCUGGGAUACAGUGGGGUGGCGAAGGCCCGUGUGAUGGCGUACUUCGGGGAAGGGACGGGGCCCAUCCACGUGGACAACGUGAAGUGCAGCGGCGAGGAGCGGUCGUUAGCAGACUGCAUCAAACAGGCACCAGGCACGCACAACUGCCGCCAUAGCGAGGACGCUGGGGUCAUCUGCGACUACGGCGAAUCGCAGCCCACCUACAAAGAGGUCAAAGGUCAGAAAGACCCCGUCAACUCAAUCUGCGGUCUGCGGCUAAAACACGCUCGCCAGCGCCGAAUCAUAGGAGGAGAAAACUCUCUGAGGAGCGGCUGGCCCUGGCAGGCUGCGAUCCGCUUGCGAGGAUCUCGAGGAGACGGGAGGUUGGUGUGUGGUGCGACCCUCAUUGACACCUGCUGGGUCCUCACCUCGGCGCACUGCUUCAAGAGGUAUGGAAACAGCACCAAGCAGUACAAAGUCAGAGUGGGCGACUACCACUCCCUCGUCCCUGAGGAAUACGAAGAGGAGUACGCCGUUGAUCAGAUCGUCCUCCACCCGAGCUACCACUCCCAGAGCAACGACUAUGACCUGGCCUUGGUUCGUCUGUCGCCAGGGGCGGUGGGUCAAAUGCCGGGAGAGUGUGUGUCAUUCAGCCGCCAUGUUCUUCCCGCCUGUCUGCCAAUGAAGAAAGAGAGGGUGCUUAAACAAGCCAGCAACUGUCACAUCACUGGCUGGGGUGACACAGGCCGCUCAUACUCCAAGACCCUGCAGCAGGCUCCCAUCUCCUUGCUUCCCCGUCGCCACUGCCAGGAAUAUUUCCACGGUGCCUUCACAAGCCGCAUGCUCUGUGCUGGCAGCGUCCAUCCGGAGAGGCGCGUGGACAGUUGCCGUGGGGACAGCGGAGGUCCUCUGGUGUGCGAGCGUCCGGGAGGGGGUUGGGUGGUCUACGGGGUCACGUCUUGGGGCCAUGCCUGCCGGACACAACAGUCCCCCGGCGUCUACACCAAAGUCUCCGCCUUCAGCUCCUGGAUACGCAAGGUGAUUGGACGUGAUGACAGAAAAGAGAAAAGGCGAUGAAAGGUGACAACUGACCUCUCGACCAGGAAGGACGACUCUCAAAAGGCUUGCUCAGUGACAAGUGAUGCGACAACAUAUUUCACCCAUGAAUAACUGCCAUGAUGCUGCAACCUGAUUAUCCAUAACCUGGCGCUCAAAUGGAGAGGACGAGGCGACGGUGGACUUUUUUCUCUAAAAACCUUGUAUAUUUUUUGGAGAGAGGAGGAGAGGAUGUCCUUCGAUCUCUUCCAAAUCUUUAGCACUUAUUUUAAUGAUUUAAUAUUGUCAUGAGUAGCACGAUUUUGGAUGGUCUCAGCUCAAGAAAACACGAUUUAAAUAUCUUUUGUGACAUUUCAUACUAAAAUGUUUUUUUUAUUAUUUCUUUAAAUAAUGUUUUCUGUGCUUGCCUUUGUUAUAUUGUAAUUUAUGAUAUGAAAUAUGUGAUUAAACAUUGAAAAGGGACCACAGUGUAAAAAAAAACACAUACAGUAUACAUGCAUGCACAUAUGCAUACACAGGAAGUAAUGGUAUGAUAUGAAUUUGCAGGCUUGCACCGAGAGCCCCCCAUGAGGUACUUAAUGCAUGAUAUUCAGUGCUUUUGUGUUACGCAUUCUAGUCAUAUUGACAUUUACCAAAGUGAAAUAAGUCUUUCAACCUCAUUUCAUUCUUGUUCAAACGAUGUUUCUCCAUUUUGCUCUUGGUUUACUGUGUUAAAAGCAGACAUCAGGUCUUUGUAAUUACUCAGGCAUUACUAAUUUAUGUCCAAUCAGUGUUUGUCCUCGUCUCGGUGCUGCAGAGAAAGUAAGGGACUGAAGAGUUUCUGAAUCAAAGCACACAACAGAAAUGAUUAAUCAUGUCAACACUGUUAAUUCAUGUUUUUUUGUUUCCGGUCUGUGGGAUAGUUUGGUGCUGUCAAGGUUUGGACACCACUGAAGAGAGAAUCUGGUACACUUGAAAAAACUCAUACUACACUACACUGCCCUCUUAUUCGACGUUUACUGACCGCGUGUUACGUUUUAAUGUACUGUAACAUUUCCUCAUAAAG